GCUGUUUUAAAAAAGAAAUAAACCAUCUCAUUCCUAUUCUGGACGUUUAGUAUAUAAAGACGGUUUUAGAAUUUUUUAAUCAGAUCGAAACAAAAAGUUGGUCCCACUAGCAAAAUGAAAUUCCUAGUAGUUCUCGCCGUAGCCGUGGCUUACGCCAGCGCUGACGUGUCCCACGUCGUCAAGGAUGAGUUCCACGCUCCCAUCGUGUCGUCUUCCUACGACAUCGAACCUCAAGGAGAGUACAAGUACUCUUACGAAACUGGCAAUGGAAUCUAUGGCCAGAGCGCUGGUGUGCUGAAGAACGCUAACUCGGAAUACCCCUACUUGGCAGUGAGCGGUGGCUACAAAUACACCUCCCCCGAGGGCCAGCCCAUCGAACUGACCUUCACUGCUGACGAGAACGGUUACCAACCCCAGGGAAGCCAUUUGCCCGUUCCUCCCGAAAUCCCCGCAGCCAUCCUCCGCAGCUUGGAGUACAUAGCAGCUCACCCCCCACCAGCUGAGGUCGUGAAGUCCGCUCCCCCCAAGCUCGGUUAAGCUUCAUUCAGAAUGAACCAAGCUAGUACAAACACCACUGCCAUGACGUAGCCAAUAUAUUUUGUUUCGUAUAACUGUGUUUGAUUUUUUUUGUUGGCCUGGAACUGAACA